GGUGGACAGAGUUCGUUGAAUAGGUUUGAACGUAACGUAAUUGCUGACUAUUAUCCCGAUGAAGUAGGGGGACACGUGUAGGAAUCAAUCUUCAAGGACAAGAUGCAUAUUGUAAGAAAGAUGAAAAGCCACUCGUCUUACUCAGUAUCAAACAGCCAUGAAAUUGACCUCGAAAUUUUUCUCACCACCUCUUGGAGAAUAAGAACUUCUUGCCCUCUGGGGGAAAGUUGAGACUUUCUGCAUUUCGAAGCGACUUUCUGCCCUUAAUUUGCAAUACAAAAUUUCGUACAUGUGAUAAAGUAUAACAAUGUCUACCUGACAGGUGUAAAGUACCUAUCUUCCUCACACAGAUGAGAUCUGAAUUCGUGAUGUCGUUGAUUUUAUGAUUCUGAUGAUUAUGAAGUUCUCGCUCUGGUAAAUAGUUUGACAAACAGUAAUGAACAGACCUGUAGAAUCUUGAUGGAUUUAAAAAUGGGUUUGAAAACGUCACGUAAAUGUCAGAUCGAGAAGUAACGUAACAUUCUAAGUAUUUAGGAUAAAAAAUUCAAUGACCGAGAUAGAACACCGUAAUUAAGAUUCGACCAGGAAAAUCAGCAUUUUUUGAGAUUCCAUGCGGAAGCAACAUAUAUCAGUUAAGAUAAUUGAUGGCUGGAUGUUACUUCUAUACAGUCUUCAUGGGUCAAUGACCGAUGUCAUGACGUUCUAUGAUCACGAGGAAAAUCUGGAGAUUCAGUCGUCAAAUGCCAUUUACGGACAAUUAAUGGCUUCUUCAUGGUGCCACAGUUUACCUCACGGACUAACGAUCCAUGAUUUUUGCAUGAUUGUCAACGGUGAAGUCCAUUUUAUCGGAAUUCUAUUGGCAUCUUUUGUCGCAAUAGAUCUUCAUGGAAAAUGGUCUUUGCCAGAUGGAUGUAUCGAACAAUGUCUUUCGUCGUUCUUCAAAUGGCCAUCGUUUACGGAGACGAGAUUAUAUUGGUGAGAGCAAUCCCUGGCGCGUGACUAUUCGCUCAAAGAGCCACUCUUGGCAUCCACUCAGCAACACAAUACUGGACCCCGGGAAAUGGAACGAGUUUUUCUAAGGUAUUUGUAUAGCAUGGGGAUAACAGCUGAACAUUGUUGAUUUUAUCCAGGGUAAAUCAAAUUGUUCAAUAAUUCGGAAAUCGAAAUUCCAAAAUUCUUUCUAUUCUUCACUUUGUUUCCCCUUUUGAUUUGAUUACUUUGUUGUUUGUAUAAU